GUCACAUUAUUAUUGCACUUCCCUGGUGCUUCCCAAACCGUCAGCUGACUUGUUUGCUCUACGGAGGGGAAAACGGAGCGCCAUGGCGGCGGAGAUCCACUCGAGGCCACAGAGCUCUAGACCGGUCCUUUUAAACAAGAUCGAAGGGCACCAGGAUGCAGUCAAUGCCGCGAUUCUGAUUCCUAAGGAGGACGGUGUUAUCACAGUCAGUGAGGACAGAACAAUCCGAGUAUGGCUGAAGCGAGACAGCGGGCAGUAUUGGCCCAGCAUCUAUCACACCGUGUCCUCGCCGUGCUCCUGCCUGUCCUAUCACCAUGAGAGUAAGCGCGUCUUCGUGGGCCAGGACAACGGCGCUGUUGUGGAAUUCCACAUUUCUGAAGAUUUCAACAAAAUGAACCAUGUGAAAACAUAUCCAGCCCAUCAGAACCGCGUGUCGGACAUCAUCUUCUGCCCUGAGAGCGAGUGGGUGGUGAGCACAGGCCAUGAUAAGUGUGUGAGCUGGAUGUGCACACACAGUGGGGCCAUGCUGGGACGCCAUUACUUCACCUCCUGGGCCUCCUGCCUGCAGUAUGAUAAAGACACACAGCAUGCGUUUGUGGGGGAUUAUGCCGGUCAGAUCACCCUGCUGAAACUGGAGAGACAAACCUACUCUACCAUCACUACUCUGAAAGGCCACGAAGGUAGCAUCGGGGCUCUGUGCUGGGACCCUGUGCAGCGGCUGCUGUUUUCAGGGGCGUCGGACCACAGUGUGAUCAUGUGGGACAUCGGGGGGCGGAAGGGCCGCACCCUCCUGCUCCAGGGACACCAUGAGCGUGUCCAGGCUGUGCGGUAUCUGCAGUUGACGAGGCAGCUGGUCUCCUGCUCUUCAGAUGGAGGGAUCACCGUGUGGAACAUGGACACGCCCAGAGAAGAAGCUCCUCAGUGGUUGGACAGUGACUCAUGUCAGAAUUGUGAGCAGCCCUUCUUUUGGAAUCUGAAGCAGAUGUGGGACUCUAAGACCCUGGGGCUGCGGCAGCACCACUGCAGGAAGUGUGGGAAGGCGGUCUGUGGGAAGUGUAGCUCCAAGCGCUCGGCCUACCCGGUCAUGGGCUUCGAGUUCCAGGUCCGAGUGUGUGACGACUGCUACCUGACCAUCAAGGACGAGGACCGGACGCCACUGGCCACCUUCCACGAGGGAAAGCACAACAUCGCUCACAUGGACAUGGACCCGAGCCGGGGACUGAUGGUGACCUGCGGCAGCGACCGUGUGGUCAAGAUCUGGGACAUGACGCAGGUUGUCGGGUGCAGCAUAGCAACCGGUUUCUCUCCCCGCUGAGCACCCCCUGGCCACGCCCCCUGAGCCUCCCAAGCCCCUCCCCUGAUGGCUGCCCAGCCCUGCUGCACUCAAGGAAGCUCCGCCCUCCUCCACCCCCUCUACUCAAUCUCUCAUCCCUAUAGACCAGUGGACAGAAACAUACGCAUACACACACACAGGCACACUCAUUCACACACACACACACACACACCAUGUGUGUUGUGAGCAGGGAUCCUCUGUCCAUGCCUGCUCUUCUGGUCCUUGGUGUAAACGGUCAUGUGACAGAUCAGUAGAACUCCAGGUCUGAUCGCUGAACGGUCUUCCUUAGAGAAGCUGUGUUUGAUGUGGGUACAGACAGUGCUGUGGGGCCACUGCACAGGCCAGCUGAUGAGGUUUUCCUGUGUUGCUUCAUGGGAUUGGAAUGCCACAGAUUUCCCAGAAGUCCUGGCUGCUCAGAGCUGUCUCAUGUUUUUGGUCCUUGAGGCAAAGAUGCUGAAGGUUGAUAGAGCUGAUCGUGCCUCUCAAUCCUAACCAGAUUACCUGUUCACACCUGUCUCUGUGAGCCCUGUCUCAAUGUAACCAGAUUACCUGUUCACACCUGUCUCUGUGAGCCCUGUCGCACUGUAACCAGAUUACCUGUUCACACCUGUGUCUGUGAGCCGUGUCUCACUGUAACCAGAUUACCUGUUGGAAUUCCUUCGCUCGUUGGCCUUAACAUUCACUCUGUGAUGCUGUUAGCCUCAGGGGAAAUGGGCGUGACUCAAAUAAGAGGCCAGUGUCUGGAGGCUGCAAUUGGCUGGUCCCAGCUUUGUCCAGUGUGAUUGAUGGCUGUCAGGGUUGGGGUUCAGUAACACACUGUAAACAGCACUGAUUUACGAGGUAUCGGAGGCUUGCCUUUUGUAAAUACGUAGUGGGACCAGACGGCUGGGAGGGAUUUGUUCCCGUAAAUGUAGUUUAGUCUGGGUGAGACUGAUGGGCUGUUUCUGUAGACAGGCGUAGUAGGUGUGGUGACAGCAGGCCAGCCUUGCAAAGCCUUAAGCAGCAAAGCACAGAGCCUUUUCAGGGGGUGGACUGUCAUCUGGGCCUACAUGCAGACCGUCCGUUUACCUGCUGAGGCAGUAUUCCUUCUUUCAUCCCCCCUUCCCAGACUCCUGGAGCCACUGGGCUCGUCCCAACCUUUCUGCACUAAAUCACUCUUCAGGUUUUUGACAUCUGUUUGAAAACUGGUUUUGAAAAAUGUUUUUUUUUUUUUUUUUGGACACGCUUUUAUGUUUCUGUUGCGUUGCCUCCAGAUGUAUAAAUGCUGUGCAGUAAAAUGGGCUCAUUCUGUGGCUGGUAAGACAUGGCUUGCCUCGAUGUAUGCUGAACCCCAGUAACAUGUUUACUUACACUGUAUUUAUACAUGUAGCCUGUGUUUAUGGUCACAAGCUGAUUCUGCCAGUAGUGUGUUCAUUAGAUGAAGUAAUGGCGUCGGCGAAGUGGAGGGUGGGUCCGAUUAACGGUACACAUGGGAAUUCUGGUCUGGAGGGCUGUGGCUGGGAAUGUUACAGAGUAUGUAACUGGGAAUGUUUCUGGGAAUUCGACUGUCGGGAGACCCAUUGCUACAGUGCAGUCAGGAUUCAAGUCCUCAUUUCUGUUUCCACAAAAAGUUAGCCUUUGGUACUCUGUAAAAAUAAUGAAGGAAUUUCAUCACUUUCUCUAGCUGGUCUGCAGGCACAUUUUAAUUGAAAAGCUAGCUGUCCUUUCUCAUUUGGUGUGGGCUUGGUGAAAGUUGUCUGUAGUACUGGGGUUCACCAGUAGCAGUGCUGUUGAGUCGUGGAGCACUGGCUGUGCUGGAUCAGUUAUUUUACACUGAGAGUGUGUGCCGUAGCUCCGCCCUGUCGAGCUGCUGAUCCACAGUCCCCCAUCACCAUGGCGAUUAGUAAAGAUGUAAUCUUAGCUCUGUUGUAUCUGAAAUCGUCCUGAGACAAACAGACAUUAGUUACCCAUUCCACAGUAGCGCAGGAGUAGCUGUUGCAGUGUGUUUUUGGGAAAAGACCGUCUCGUGUUCCACACAUGGCGGCAGUCGGCUGGAGGCCAGCUGGCCCAGGCCUAAGAGCCCUUCAGCUGUAGCAAGCGUUUGCAUUUCCAGAAAAGUGAGAUUUCCACAGACACGCCCUAACACCUGCUUUGUUUUUAUGCCAUUGUGUAGCCCUUGUAAUUUUGCGCAGGAUCCUGCAACCACACUGUUGUACUUGUGGAACAGGGUAUUUUUUAAAGAUAACUCCUGUUGAUAAUGCUUCUGCCUGAUGGUGUUUCAGGCUACGGGCAUCAUGAAUAUUGAAGUUUAAAGAAGCUUAAUAAAACUAUACACUCUAACCUAUA